CUUCCUUUCGCUGUCCUCUCCUUCUCUGAUCUGGAGAUUUCUUUGUUUCUUCUUACCCAGAUCGCAUCAACUGGUGUAGUUCGAUCGCAUCAUACUCACCCGUUGACAUCUAGAUCGUGGCUAGUAUCUGAUUCAAACAGUUCCUACCAAUUCUACCCCCUCCCUCGUGAAAGCUUCAUCUAUACAGCGCAGUAGCAGCAGCACUUCCCACUCCGAUCCCAGAUCCCAGAUCCCAGCGCGGUGCAACCGAUUCCAUCCUCCCGAUCCAACUGCCAUUGCGCCUCCCACGAUCCUAUCCCUGACCCUGUGCGACCAUUGCGACAGCAGCAGAUCCCCACAACUCAAAAGUAGAUCGAAGAUCCCCCGAAGCGAGCCACCAUGGUCUGGAUCAACCCCUUCCAGAAACAUGACCACACCGACUUCCCCGGGGUCGUCGUGCCCCUCUCCACUGCCCCAGCGCCAGCGCAUGCCCAGAGCUCCCUUGAGGUAGACAACCAGACCGGUUCCGAUGACAAGAGCGUGGAUCAGGCCCCGUCCGAGAAGGGCGAGGGGUCUGUUCGCAACUAUAACCAGAUGACUAUUGAAGCUUUGCGCGCUGAGGUCGAGGGUGAUGUUGUCGCGUCAGGUCAUGAUAGCACUUAUGACCGCAAAGCCAAGGUUAUCAAUCGCGCGAUUCAAGAUAUCGGCAUGGGCCGUUAUCAGUGGGAGCUGUUUGCGCUCUGUGGGUUUGGUUGGUUGGCGGAUAAUCUCUGGCUGCAGGGUGUCGCACUCACCUUGCCCCAACUGUCCAUGGAGUUUGAUGUAUCCUCCUCGCGGGUCCGUUUCACCACUUGCGCCUUGUUCCUGGGUCUGUGUCUCGGAGCCUCGUUCUGGGGUCUCGCGUCGGACAUCAUUGGACGUCGUCCGGCGUUCAACAUGACCCUUUUCAUCGCGGGUGUUUUCGGUUUGGCGGCCGGUGGUGCCCCAACCUGGAUUGGUGCCUGUGCCCUGUUCUCCUGCUUGGGUCUCGGCGUUGGUGGCAAUCUGCCCGUGGAUGGAGCGCUGUUCCUGGAAUUCCUGCCCUUCGCCUCGGGCAAUCUCCUCACCAUGCUCAGUGUCUGGUGGCCCGUGGGCAACCUGAUCGCAUCCCUCCUCGCAUGGGCAUUCAUCCCCAACUACACCUGCGUAGAAGACAUCCCCUGCACAAAGGACCAAAACAUGGGCUGGCGCUACCUCGUCCUCACGCUCGGUGCCCUAACCUUCGUCAUGUUCAUCUGCCGCUUCUUCCUCUUCCACCUCUACGAGUCUCCCAAAUUCCUCCUCUCGCGCGGCCGCCAAGACGAAGCCGUCGCCGCCGUCCACGGCAUCGCCUACAAGAACGGCGCCCAAACCUGGCUCACGACCUCCAUCCUCAACGAAAUCGGCGGCCACGCCGAGAUCACGCCCGAGGACACCCAACUCAGCACUGCCGAGAUCCUCAAACGCAACGUCUCCAAGUUCUCUCUCCAGCGCAUCGCGCCCCUCUUCGCCACCACCCGCCUCGCAAUCACGACCCUCAUCCUCUGGUUCUGCUGGGCCACCAUCGGCAUGGGCUACCCGCUCUUCAACGCCUUCCUGCCCCAGUACAUCAAACAGGCCGGCGGCGAGCAGGAACAACCCACCUACAUCGUCUACCGCAACUACGCCAUCACCUCCAUCGUCGGCGUCCCGGGCUCCAUCAUCGCCUGCUACACAGUCGACAUGAAGUACAUCGGCCGCAAGGGCACAAUGGCCUUCUCCACCAUGAUCACAGGCAUCCUCACCUUCUGCUUCACUUCUUCCCCAGACCCAGACAUCCAACUCGUCUGCACCUGCCUCGUCGCCUUCUUCCAGAAUAUCAUGUACGGCGUGCUCUACGCCUACACCCCCGAGGUGUUCCCCGCCCCCAACCGCGGCACGGGCACCGGCAUCGCCAGCUGUCUGAAUCGCAUUGCGGGCCUGUGUGCCCCGAUCGUCGCCAUCUACGCCGGCGACGCGAACCCCAAUGCCCCGAUCUACGCCUCUGGCGGCCUUAUCCUCGCUGCGUUCGUCUCGAUGGUUCUGCUGCCGAUCGAGACGAGGGGAAAGCAGACUCUUUAAAAGUUUUACAUACUUACUACGCUGGAGUAUGCAUAUCCGUUGUUUUUGUCCUCUCCACAUGAUACAACGGUCCCCACUUAAGCAACGCGCCCUAGUGCAUGCAUGAACCCCCACGGGGUUCUGUCUACGGGAGGGAUGCGUUGCCUUUUCUUACCUUUUCUUUCUCUUUUUCUUAUUGUCAUUGAUCUUUUGAUACCAACGUUGCUUUCGUCCAAUUUUUGUCUUGAUUCUUUU